AAUAAUGUAUACCGAAUAAAUAAAAAUAACUAUUAUCAGUACUUGUUUAACAAUUGUAUACAUGAUGCAAAAAGCUUUGUCUUCUUUUUAUAAAGAUAAUAAGCAUAAAAUAAAGUCACUUUCUAUAGGUUCAUCAAGUACUCAGAUCUUGUCUGAGAAAUCAAGUUGAAAUCUGAUAAAUGGGUUUCUUUAAAUUCAUCUUCUUGUUAUCUCUUCUAUGGAGUUUCUACAGUUUAGGCUUAUCUCAGCUACAAGCUUCACAAGCACAAGUUCUUCUUCAGCUGAAAAAACACUUAGAAUACCCACAACAGCUAGAAUCUUGGUAUGAUCACAGGACCAAUUUCUGCUAUCUACAAGCAACACCAUCGAUGAACAUCACUUGUUUCUCUAAUUCAGUCUCAGAGCUAAACAUCUUCGGUGAUAAAUCAUCGGAAAAGGCCAAAAGCUUUGAGGGUUUUGCUAUCUCUAAUGUUACUUUAUCUGAUAGAUUCUCUAUUGAAUCAUUUUUCACUACACUGUCAAGGUUAAAGUCUCUUAGGGUUCUUACUCUGUCUUCUCUAGGGAUUUGGGGUCAUCUCCCUGAGAAACUUCAUCGUUUAUCUUCACUUGAGUAUUUGGAUUUGAGCAAUAACUUUCUGUUUGGAUCAGUACCACCUAAGUUGUCUACAAUGGUAAAGCUUGAAACUUUCAGAUUUGAUCAUAACUUCUUCAAUGGCACAUUACCUAGCUGGUUUGAUUCCUAUUGGUAUCUCAAAGUUCUUAGCUUUAAGAGUAAUAAGCUAUCAGGAGAGCUACAUUCUUCAUUACUCUCGUUGUCAACAAUCGAGUAUAUCGAUUUGAAGGCGAAUUCUCUGAGUGGUUCACUUCCGGAUGAUCUGAAAUGUGGAAGCAAACUCUGGUUUAUCGACAUUUCCGACAAUAAGUUAACCGGAAAACUUCCUCGUUGCUUAAGCAGCAAGCAAGAUAUUGCGUUGAGAUUCAAUGGAAACUGUUUAUCUCUAGAGAAACAGCAACAUCCAGAAUCUUUUUGUGUUAAAGAAGCUCGCGCUGAGGCUAAAGCUGAAGCAAAAGCAGAAGCAGAGGCUGCAAAUGAAUCAGGGAAAAGAAAAUGGAAGAAAGGAGCUUUAAUCGGUUUAAUCGUUGGUAUAUCAAUGGCGGUAUUGGUUUUAGUCUGCUGUGUAUUCAUCUUGCUCAGAAGAAAAGGAGUAACAAAGAAGCAUGUGCACCAUAAUACAGUCCAAGAUAAUCAUCCAUCAACUGGAUUUUCCUCUGAGAUACUCUCAAAUGCAAGGUACAUUUCUGAAACAUCCAAGUUUGGUUCAGAGGAUUUACCGGUAUGUAGACAGUUUAGCUUAGAAGAGAUAGUUAAAGCUACAAAGAACUUCGAUAAGACCAUGAUACUCGGUGAAAGCUCAUUAUAUGGCACGCUUUACAAAGGAAAUCUUGAUAAUGGAACAAAAGUGGCUAUAAGAUGCUUACCUUCAUCGAAGAAAUACUCGAUAAGGAAUCUGAAACUGCGGUUAGAUUUGCUCGCGAAGCUUAGACACCCGAAUCUAGUUUGCUUGUUGGGUCAUUGCAUAGAUUGUGGAGGAAAAGAUGAUUACAGCGUAGAAAAAGUCUUUUUGAUUUAUGAGUACAUUCCCAAUGGAAACUUUCAAUCUUGUCUCUCAGAUGAUAGUUCGGGUAAGGCUAUGAAUUGGUCAGAGAGGCUGAAUGUUCUCACAGGUGUUGCAAAGGCUGUUCAUUUUCUUCACACUGGAGUUAUUCCUGGAUUCUUCAGCAAUAGACUCAAGACUAACAAUGUCUUGCUAAACCAACACCGGUUUGCUAAGCUGAGUGAUUAUGGUUUGUCCAUUGUCUCUGAAGCAACCAGACAUAACACAGAAAUCGCAAAAUCAUGGCAAAUGUCAAGGCUAGAAGACGAUGUUUACAGCUUUGGAUUGAUUCUUCUACAAUCAAUCGUUGGACCAUCUGUAACCGCAAGAGAAGAAGCAUUUCUACGGGACGAACUGGCAUCGUUGGAGAGCGAGGAAGGGAGAAGAAGAAUGGUGAAUCCGACAGUACAAGCCACUUGUCGGAAUGGAUCAUUGAUAAGAGUGAUAACUCUAAUGAACAAAUGUGUUUCACCGGAAUCAUUAAGCCGACCGUCCUUCGAAGAUAUCUUGUGGAAUUUACAGUAUGCUUCUCAGUUGCAAGCUGCUUCAGAUGCUAUGGCGACCGGUGGUGCUGCGGCGGAUUUGGAAGAUGUUCAGACGGUGGAUCUCAUGUCGGAGCUCCUCCGCCGCCUCAAAUGUGCUCAGAAACCCGACAAACGCCUCAUCUUCAUUGGACCUCCAGGGUCAGGGAAAGGUACACAAUCUCCGGUAGUUAAGGAUGAGUAUUGCUUGUGUCAUUUAUCCACUGGAGACAUGUUAAGAGCUGCUGUUGCUUCCAAAACCCCUCUUGGUGUGAAGGCUAAAGAAGCUAUGGAAAAAGGAGAGCUUGUCUCUGAUGAUUUGGUUGUUGGUAUUAUUGAUGAAGCCAUGAACAAGCCAAAAUGUCAAAAAGGAUUUAUCCUUGAUGGGUUUCCCAGGACUGUUACUCAGGCAGAGAAGCUCGAUGAGAUGCUUAAGAGGCGAGGAACUGAAAUCGACAAAGUUCUCAACUUUGCUAUUGAUGACUCAAUCUUGGAGGAAAGAAUAACCGGGCGAUGGAUCCACCCAUCGAGUGGCAGGAGUUACCACACAAAAUUUGCGCCUCCCAAAACCCCUGGAGUUGAUGAUAUUACCGGAGAGCCUCUGAUCCAACGCAAAGAUGAUAACGCUGAUGUUCUAAGGUCGAGGCUUGCAGCUUUCCACAGUCAAACUGAACCGGUGAUUGAUUACUACGCAAAGAAGGCCGUUCUCACAAACAUCCACGCCGAGAAGGCUCCCCAAGAAGUUACAUCAGAGUCUCUUUACAAAAUAAGUAAUUUGUCUCAUACCCGGAAUCGGAUAUUAAUAAGAGCUGUUAGUUUAACAAGAGAACUAAAAUUCCAAGUGAGAAACUUUCUUCAACGAUCAAAAGAAGCUGCUUCAAUGGCGAAAUCUAUGAGAACUAUCAAAAAUCCAUUCUUCAGUUCGCAUCCGCCAUCUCCAUUCUUCCAUCUCUCUCUGCUCUUCUUCUCUCCACUGAAGAAAUCCAGUCCCCGAUACCUAAACCACCACCACCAAACUCGAUGCCCACCUCCACAGUUUUUCCUUCUUCUCAUCUCACUUUCUCUCGUUUUCUCGGGAAUUUCGUUUCUCAGAUUUUCUUUAGACCCUGAUUCGUCAACUUGCGUCUCCACAUCUUCCACUUCCUCUCUCAAAUUCUUCAUCUCCGACGUCGACCACCGUCAGAUCUUAACCUCCCUUUCUGUCUCCGGAGCUUCCACAUUGUAUCCGUUACCGACGAGAGGAGGACAUUCCGGGAAUAUGACGGAGGAAGAGAGAGAGUUUUGGAAACAACCCAAUGGUGAAGGAUACAAGCCUUGUUUGGAUUUUAGUUUGGAUUACAGGAAGAAAUCAGUUAGGGUUUCUAAAGAGAAGAAACGAUUCCUUGUUGUUGUUGUCUCUGGAGGACUUAAUCAACAACGGAAUCAAAUCGUUGAUGCUGUUGUAAUCGCUAUGAUUCUUGAAGCUGCUCUUGUUGUUCCUGUUUUGCAGGUGAAUCGAGUUUGGGGAGACGAAAGUGAGUUCUCUGACAUUUUCGAUGUAGAGCAUUUCAAGAAAACGCUGAGAUCUGAUGUGCGUAUCGUUUCUUCUCUACCGUCAACGCAUCUUAUGUCUAGACAAACAAUUGAGAAUCAGAUUCCUUGGGAUGUUUCUCCGGUUUGGAUCCGUGCUAAAUACUUCAAACAGUUGAAUGAGGAAGGACUUUUGGUGUUGAAAGGAUUAGACUCAAAGUUAGCCAAGAAUCUCCCGCAGGAUCUGCAGAAACUUCGAUGCAAAGUUGCUUUCCAUGCACUGAGAUUCGCAGCACCGAUUGAGAAUCUCGGGAACAAACUCGCGAGAAGAAUGUGGAUAGAAGGUCCAUAUAUAGCUCUCCAUUUAAGGCUAGAGAAAGAUGUUUGGGUAAGAACCGGUUGUCUAACUGGAUUGGGCUCAGGAUUUGAUCGGAUCAUAGCAGAAACCAGAACGUCUCAGCCUCGAUACCUCACUGGUAGACUAAACAUGAGCUAUACAGAGCGUAGACUUGCUGGUUUUUGUCCUUUCAAUGCAUAUGAGAUUGCAAGGUUAUUGAAGGCCUUGGGAGCACCUAGGAAUGCAUCGAUAUAUAUUGCAGGAGGUGAGCCAUUUGGUGGCUCACGAGCAUUAGAGCCUCUCUCUAAAGAGUUCUCUAAUUUGGUGACAAAGGAGACACUGGCUCAUAAAGGCGAGCUCUUGCCUUACACCAAUAGAUCUUCAGCUUUAGCAGCUAUUGACUACAUUGUAUCACUUAGCAGCGAUGUUUUUCUUCCUUCCCAUGGUGGAAACAUGGCAAAAGCUAUGCAGGGAAACAGAGCUUAUGUAGGACACAGAAAGUUUAUAAUUCCUAAUAAGAGAGCAAUGCUUCCUUUAAUGGAGAAUUCUUCGGUUUCGGAUGCCGAGCUGAGUUUUGUAACUCGGAAGCUUCACCGUAAGUCCCAAGGCCAUCCUGAGUCACGGAGAGGGCGGAGAGAUCGUGACGUGAUAGCUUAUCCCGUCCCGGAGUGUAUGUGCCGCCAUGGAAAACACAGCCGUUCGAUUGACCGGAGCUCCGGCUUCGAUCAACGGACAGGAAUUUAUCACAGUCUUCGUCCCUCUCUUUCUCUACCUCCUAUAGAUCAACCUCUCUCCACCGCCGAAUUCGCGCUUUCUCUCCUCCGCAAAUCCUCACCACCAGCCACCGCCGGGAAAAACAUUGAAGCCUUAACCUACCUAGUUAACUCGAGCUCUGGUGAUAGCCUCACUUAUGGAGAGCUUCUUCGUGGAGUUCGUUCUCUUGCUGUAUCUCUCCGGGAGCGAUUUCCUUCUCUUUCCUCCAGAAAUGUUGCUUUUAUCCUCUCUCCACCUUCGCUGCACAUACCAGUGCUUUACUUAGCUUUAAUGUCGAUCGGUGUUGUUGUUUCACCGGCGAACCCAAUCGGAUCUGAAUCGGAGGUGAGUCAUCAGGUUGAAGUCAGUGAACCAGUAAUUGCGUUCGCGACAUCGCAGACGGUUAAGAAGCUUCGGUCCUCAUCUUUCCCUCUCGGAAUCGUUCUGAUGGACUCGCCUGAGUUUCUCUCCUGGUUAAAUCGAUCGGAUGCUUCUUCGGUUAAUCCAUUUCAGGUUCGGGUCAACCAAUCGGACCCUGCCGCAAUCCUCUUUUCGUCUGGAACAACCGGGCGGGUCAAAGGCGUUUUGAUCACUCACCGUAACCUAAUCGCCUCGACCGCCGUGUCUCACCAACGGACUCUCCAAGAACCGGUUGAUUAUGAUCGCGUCGGACUGUUCUCGCUUCCGCUCUUCCACGUGUUUGGCUUCACGAUGAUGAUUCGAGCCAUCUCGCUUGGAGACACACUGGUGCUUUUAGGGAGAUUCGAGCUCGAGGCGAUGUUAAAGGCGGUGGAGAAAUAUAAGGUUACUGGUAUGCCUGUAUCUCCUCCGUUGAUUGUAGCAUUGGUCAAAUCGGAGCUAACGAAGAAGUACGAUCUCCGGUCGUUGCGUUCUCUUGGCUGCGGCGGCGCUCCACUCGGCAAAGACAUCGCAGAGAGGUUCAAGCAGAAAUUCCCAGAUGUGGAAAUUGUACAGGGCUAUGGCUUGACGGAGAGCUCGGGGCCAGCUGCGUCAACGUUUGGACCUGAAGAGACGGUAAAAUAUGGCUCAGUUGGUCGUAUCUCUGAGAAUUUGGAAGCCAAAAUUGUUGAUCCAUCCACCGGAGAAGCCUUGCCACCAGGAAAAACCGGUGAACUCUGGCUCCGAGGACCAGUCAUCAUGAAAGGUUAUGUGGGAAACGAGAAAGCGAGUGCAGAGACAGUAGACGAAGAAGGGUGGUUAAAGACUGGUGAUCUCUGUUAUUUUGAUGCGGAAGGUUUUCUAUAUAUUGUUGAUCGGCUUAAGGAACUAAUCAAAUACAAGGCUUAUCAGGUUCCACCGGUAGAGUUGGAGCAGAUUCUUCACUCGAAUCCAGAUGUGAUUGAUGCUGCAGUUGUUCCGUUCCCUGACGAGGAUGCAGGAGAGAUUCCAAUGGCUUUCAUAGUGAGAAAACCAGGAAGCAAUCUCAACGAAGCGCAAAUCAUUGAUUUCGUAGCUAAACAAGUUGCUCCGUACAAGAAGGUAAGACGAGUUGCUUUCAUAAAUUCAAUCCCAAAAAAUCCUGCUGGGAAGAUUCUGCGUCGGGAGCUUACUAAAAUCCAUCUCCUCCUCCAUCCCCGUCUUCCGUUUUCUGAUUCGCCGUCCGGGGGUGUUGAUGUCUCCAGAAGUUCUGUUGCCGUCGAAAAAGACUACGACUUUUACAGGAAUGGUUCUCGUGAUGUGUAUGUUCGACAGAGUGGUAGAGAUGCCGAGAGGCGUCAAAUCAAACGGCCUAGUGACCAUGAUCUCAGGAGGAAUGAUGGGCGUCACCGAUCACGGUUGGCUUAUGAGAAAGGGGAACUACGAGAGCAAGCGGAGGUUCAAAGACCCUCUGAGAAAAGGAGGAAGUUUUCACCCAUCUUGUGGAAUGCAAAAGAAGAGAAAGUGGGUAGAGCUCCGUCUGGGGAGAAGACAAAGUCUCCUUUCCCUAUUCCGACUACAACUGUGAUAUCCAAUCAGGCUGUUGCUGGUAAGACUUCUUCAGAGGAUCAAGUUAAUGUUUUGAUGUCGCCAGAACCUAGUUAUCUUGUUCCAGUGCAGCCUUUAGAAGCCAUGCUGUCUGCGAAACAUCCUGUUGAUGAUUUGGAGGAGGGUCAGUUGGAGGAAGAACAGGUGAUGCAGGAACAUGUUAAAGAGGGUCUGUUGGAGGAAAAACCAGUGAUGCAGGAACCAUGUAUAAAGACAUCUAGGUGGGGGACGGGUUUGACUUCCCCAAAGGAGGAGUUAAUAUCUCAUGCUGAUAAUGUUUCCAAGACUAGUAGAUGGAACAGGAGCAGUUUGACACCGGAGUGCGAGGAAGUAAUGGUGUCUGAAGAACAACAGUGCUAUUCAUCUGAAUCCGGCAGUGGACAUCGCACCGUAGAGAAGCUUAGUGCAGAUGAAAAUUCUGAUCGUGAGUAUUGUAGUUCUGAUCAUGAUGAGUUAGAAAAUGAAGAUCCAGAUUCUUCAACUCAGGGAGGGAUGGACAUGAUGCUUGGGAGCAGGUCUGUGAAUGAAUUUCAGAAGCUAAACAAGAUAAAUGAAGGAACGUAUGGAAUUGUUUACAAAGCAAGAGAUGAGAAAACAAAGGAGAUUGUGGCGCUCAAAAAGAUCAAGAUGAAGGAAGAUAGGUUCGAAGAAGAGUAUGGAUUCCCUUUGACAUCGUUGAGGGAAAUUAACAUACUUCUGUCAUGCAAUCACCCUGCGAUUGUGAACGUGAAGGAGGUUGUGGUUGGAGGGAAAAACGAUAGUGAUGUUUAUAUGGUCAUGGAACACUUAGAACAUGACCUGAGGGGUGUAAUGGAUAGAAGGAAGGAACCUUUUAGCACUAGCGAAGUCAAGUGCUUGAUGAUGCAGCUGUUGGAUGGUUUGAAAUACCUCCACACAAAUUGGAUUAUCCACAGGGAUCUGAAGCCAUCUAAUCUUCUAAUGAACAAUUGUGGGGAGUUAAAAAUAUGUGAUUUCGGGAUGGCACGCCAGUAUGGGAGUCCUAUCAAGCCGUAUACCCAGAUGGUUAUUACUCAGUGGUACAGGCCACCUGAACUUCUUCUAGGAGCAAAAGAGUACUCUACAGCAGUUGAUAUGUGGUCAGUUGGUUGCAUUAUGGCUGAACUGUUGUCUCAAAAGCCUUUGUUCCCGGGCAAGAGUGAGCUUGACCAACUUCAAAAGAUCUUUGCGGUCCUUGGAACACCAAACGAGGAAGUCUGGCCUGGAUUCUCAUCAUUCCCGAAUGCGAAAGCCAAGUUUCCUACACAGCCUUACAAUAUGUUACGUAAGAAGUUUCCAGCUAUUUCAUUUGUAGGUGGUCAAAUUCUUUCUGAACGUGGAUUUGAUUUACUGAACAGUCUACUAACUUUGGAUCCUGAGAAACGUCUAACAGUGGAAGAGGCUCUCAACCAUGGUUGGUUCCAUGAAGUCCCGCUACCAAAAUCCAAAGAUUUCAUGCCAACAUAUCCUCCAAAGCGUGAGAAGAUGAUGAUUCUGUGAACAUAAGAGGUAGUUGGCAAUGAUCUUUUCUAUGUUACUCCGAACAUAAUAAUGGUUUUGAGAUGAGCUUUAGAAGAGUAAACUGAAAUUGUCUUGUCCUCCUUUCUUGUUAAAAGAAUCAGCAUCAUCUUGAUUCUUGGUUAUGUCAAUGCCUUAAAAAAUAAAAUACAGUUGUUCUA